AUGCAGUAAUAAUAAGAGCAAAGGCGACAGUCUUUAGGAUUUGAUGGAAAAAGCUAGGGUGGUUAAGGUCAGGCAUUUGAACCUAACUAGCAAACUCUCAUGCUUGAGUUGUAAAACAUUGCCAUAUUAAUUUAAUUGAUGUUUUAGUAAGAUGCUGUAGAAAUAUUGUCCUAUUGGUAUUUUGGCAUGGUGUGUAUUUUGUCAAGUAGGGACUCUAUUCAGGAGGAAUAUUCAGAUUCAAGAUAGAGUUUCCUCCACUUUAUCCUAAGUGGAGACCAAUAGCCUCUUUCACAACUACCUAGGUUUACCAUCCACUCGUCAACUUUAGUUCAUAAGAAAUAAAUUUAGAUGUAUUUUCUAUAUUUUUGUUAAAACUUGUAGUUUGAAUUUAAAGAAUGGAUUCCAGGUAAGCAUUGGGUCAUCAACAUUCUCUUAUACAUCAAAAAACUAUUUCAUCUUGAAUAAAUGUUUAGUCUUCAAGAUUAAGAUGUCCUCCCCUCAAAUAAAGAAGCUUACGCAAAUUACUAGAAUAACUUUUAGGAAUUCAUAAAUCAAAGCAAGGCAUGUGUUCAGAAAUCAUAAGAUAAUAAAUUUAAGAACCCUGCUUCAAGUAUGCUAUAGUUUACUUCUUAUCUACCUGUUCAUGACAAAAUUUUGGAUCAAAUAAAAUAACAAGCCAAAACAAGCAAAGAAACAUUAAAGAAUUGGUUUUUCCAUAAUCUUAAGGAAGUCUCAAACAAUCAUAAUAAUUGA